GCUUUGUUAGAGCUCGUUCUCUGACUAUCUCACUUCUGCUUCUACUUCUGCUCCUUCUGCUUUUUUCUCCUCUGCAUUCGUGUCUCUCUCUUCCUCUGCUAUUCAUAUCCACUGAAAAAAAGAGAGGUUUUAGAGGGAGACUUAGAGACAUUAAGAAUUUGAGAGAGAGAGAGAGAGAGAGGCAAUGGCGGUUUCUACGAGAUGGGUCGGUCUGUGCUCAAUGGUGCUGGUGAUGAUGUUGUGCGUGGGGACAAUAGCGAAGGUACCGGAGGACCAGAUCCCAGAAACUGAGAAUGGAGGAACAGAAAAAUUGCAGAGCUCAAGCAACUCGUCAAUGGUUGCCGGUUUGGAAGUGGCGGAGGGUUCGAACGAGCAUGCAGUGGAUAAUCCCGAGGAGGUUGCUUCCAUGGUCGAAAUGAGCAUCCGCAACAGCACUGAGAGGAGGAAACUGGGCUACUUCUCAUGCGGAACCGGCAAUCCCAUUGAUGACUGCUGGCGUUGUGACCCAAAUUGGCAAACUAACCGCAAGCGCCUUGCAGAUUGUGGCAUUGGUUUUGGAAGGAAUGCCAUUGGUGGCCGUGACGGCCGCUUCUAUGUCGUCACUGACGCCGGGGAUGAUGACCCUGUCAACCCAAGGCCCGGCACUUUGCGCCAUGCUGUUAUCCAGGAAGAGCCUCUCUGGAUUGUGUUCAAGCGGGACAUGGUGAUACAAUUGAAGCAGGAGCUCAUCAUGAACAGCUUCAAGACCAUUGAUGGCCGUGGGGCCAAUGUCCACAUUGCUAAUGGAGCAUGCAUCACCAUCCAGUUUGUUACCAAUGUCAUCAUUCACGGCCUGCACAUCCAUGACUGCAAGCGUACUGGGAAUGCCAUGGUGAGGAGCUCCCCGAGUCAUUUUGGGUGGAGGACUAUGGCUGAUGGCGAUGCCAUUUCCAUCUUCGGCUCGAGUCACGUUUGGGUGGAUCAUAAUUCCCUCUCCAAUUGUGCUGAUGGCCUUGUUGAUGCUGUCAUGGGCUCAACUGCCAUUACCAUUUCCAACAACCACUUCACCCACCACAAUGAAGUGAUUCUGUUGGGACAUAGCGACAGUUACACGAGAGAUAAGCAAAUGCAAGCGACCAUUGCGUACAACCAUUUUGGAGAGGGACUUAUCCAGAGAAUGCCAAGGUGUAGACACGGAUACUUUCAUGUGGUGAACAAUGACUACACUCACUGGGAGAUGUAUGCCAUUGGUGGAAGUGCAAAUCCCACAAUCAAUAGCCAGGGCAACAGAUAUGCUGCACCCACAAACCCUUUUGCAAAAGAGGUGACAAAGAGGGUGGAGACAUCUCAAAGCGAGUGGGAGGGCUGGAAUUGGAGAUCAGAGGGGGAUUUGUUGUUGAAUGGUGCCUAUUUCACUCCAUCAGGAGCUGGAGCUUCUGCCAGCUAUGCCAGGGCCUCAAGCUUGGGUGCCAAGUCUUCUUCCAUGGUUGGCUCUAUAACUUCUGGUGCUGGUGCACUUGGCUGCCGCAGAGGCAGCCAGUGCUAAGUAUAUCACCCCAGUAAAUUAAAUUGGCCAAAAGCAAAGGCCAUUACCCCAAUUCUCUUUCCUUUAAUUUUUCAAUAUUACAGCAGCACCCAAUAUCCAUAUUAUUUAUUACUCCCAUUGUUCUGUCAUCUGUCUUUUCACAUAUGUCGACGACAAGUGUACAUUCUUUACACAUGUCAUUGUAAUAGUACUGUUUGCCCCCAUGUCCCCCCACCCCAACGCCCGAGUUUGUGUACCUUUAAUUUAUUGCUCAACCUCCUCCUGCUUCAACUUAAAGCAAAGCUAUUUUAAGGAGCAGGUGCGGAAGAGUUGUUCAUUGAUAUUCCGCUUCAUGUGCUUCUCAGCCUCAUCUCUCUCUCUCUCUCUCUCUCUCUCUCUCUCUCUCUCUCUCUCUCACCUUCUAACCACCCCUGGUCUCUGUCUCUUUACAGUGUCAAUCUUGGCCCUUACCUACAUACUGUUGUCUUUGGGUUUUAUAGCAUUUGAGGUUAUUCAAGUUUUUAUGUUUUUUCUUUUUUUUUGGGUCUCUUUACUAUAUAUUUUUUUCGAUGUUUUUGUCUAGUCAUACAAAUGUAUGAAACUAUGAAUGCCAAACUGGAGUUACGGAAAA